UCCGGGACCUCCAGUCGGGCCCCUGCCUGGUGUUUGGUGCUUGUGGGCCAACAGCUCCAGCAUGCUGAGGUUUUGUCCGCGGACAGAUUCUGUCACCCUCACUUCACGCAAGGCUUGCGACAGCUGCCCUCAGCAGAGUAUCGUGCGCCUUCGAGAACAUCUGAAAGACCCCGGUGUCCUCAAACAGAUCGCUGCUCUCAGAGCGGAUGCUGAUGAAAACGAGAGAGACAACGAUGAAGGCUUCAGCAAGGAGCUCCACGUGGACAAACAUGUGCUGGUGGACAACGUUUUUGAUGAGCAGCUUGUUUUGUCUUUGAAUGACAACAAUGAAGAAGAAGAGAACUCGUCUUCAUUAUCUGAUGGUCAGUCCGCUGACGUCCGGACCCAGUUAACGCAGCAGACUCAGGCGAGUGACGUUGGCGAUAGCUAUGGAGUUGGUCGUGUGACGAGGGACAGCUCUGGGACGGAUGGCUGUUUAUGGGGUACGGUCAACUCGGGAGAUCUUCUUGCAACAGACACCCCUCCGCCCCGUUCAGAUGACGUCCACUUCCCCUGCUCCCCUCCGUUCUCGCCUGUGGACCAGGCGGUCACCAGGCAGAACCGCCCGGCGUCCCCUGAGGGCAACGAGAGAGACAGUCCGCCGAUGGACACAUGCGACCUCAGCCCCAGUCUCGUGGCUCUGGAAGUGGACAGCGAGGAAGAGAGCUCCGAGCCGAAGUCUCUGCUUUCCCCACUCCUGUUGGAUGUCGGGAAGAGCGAAGACCAAGAGGAAACUUUUCGCCCAGCUCCCGAUCUCGCGUGCACUCGCACCCAGUCGGCCUCGGCAUGCGAACCCAGUUCAAAAGAACUGCUUGAGGAGGGGGUUCGACUACGCUCCUAUUCCUACUCGUCUCCAAAAAUCAGUUUCCGUCCCGCUCGUCUUGCCAAGGACAACCACGCGUCGGAUAUCAGCCCUGAUGCCGCGCUGCACAGCGUCAGCCACAGCCGAUCUCUCCUUCAGGCCCUCUCUCUGUCUAAAUCCACCCUGUCUCUGUCUCUGCUCCACCCUGGUAAGCCAAGAGCGUCCAGCAUAUCAGAUCAGUCUCAUGAGAAGAGGGAGGUUAGGUUCCGUAAACGAGCCCAGUCUGCUGAUGAUGAGGGCAGCAUGGAGCUAGCAGAGUCCCUUCAACAUCUCACUCUGUCCGAAUUUCUCAAAGAAAUUGAAGAGGAGGAGUUGGAUAAAUACAGCAUUCCAACCAAGGCAGAGUCUGACAAGUACAAAGUAAUUCGUACCCUGAGUUUUCUCAAGAGCAGGAUGUCCAGUACGCGCAACAAAAGCAAGGGGAAAGGGAAGGACAGAGAGGCCAAGGAUAGGCAGCUAAAUGGACAUCGUUUUGCAACGGGCUCCUGUUUAGGGCCCACUCUCUGUGUGGUGUGUGACAAACCAGCUUCUGGAAAGGACCUUCUACAUUGCUCAGGAUGCACUGCCUUUGUUCAUAAGGGAUGUAAGGAAUCUGUCCCCCCAUGUUUGAAGAAACUUCAGGAUAAAUAUGCCGUGACCGGGGUGAAGAACAGAACGGCGUCCCUCCCACAGAACUUCACGGUGAGAGAAAGUAGCCCUCAGCCCGCGAUCCCUGUGGCUACACCUCUGCCUGUCAUGACCCCAAAGGAGAGGAAGGACGCCGUGACACUGUCAUGCUCUCUCGCUGGAAGUCUCCCCAGUAGUGACAGACUCAGUGAGAGUUCAGAAACAGAAUAUGAAGCCCUGAAGUUCAAGAGCCAAUCAGAAGAACUUCUGCCGACUUCUGUGUCCUCCACCUCCAAUGACUCCUGCUUUGGAGAAGACAGUGUAGAUUCCUGUAUCCGUAGUCUUGGCGACAUCUCUACUGAUUCUGUGGACUAUGAGGCCGAGUCCUGGAGUCUGACGGUGGAGCACAAGUUCAGCAAGAAGCAGGACAAACGAGCCGUCAAGCGGCAGGACGUUAUCUAUGAACUGAUGCAGACCGAGCUCCAUCACCUACAGACCCUGCACAUCAUGGCCGAGGUUUUCCGGCGCGGGAUGAAAGAGGAAGUGCAACUGGACUCUGAGGCGGUGGAGCGGGUGUUCCCUUGUCUGGACCAGCUGCUCCUCUUUCACCACGCCUUCUUUGCUUCAAUGAAGGAGCGGCGACAAAGCUCAGCCCAGCCUCAAGGACAUAGGAACUACCUCAUUCAGCAAAUCGGAGACCUUUUACUUCACCAGUUUUCAGAGGAAAAUGGAGAUAAAAUGAAGCAGGUGUAUGGGGACUUCUGCAGUCAUCAUAAUGAAGCGGUCAGCUUUUUUAAAGAGCUCCAACAGCACAACAAGAGAUUUCAGAGCUUCAUUAAGCAACAAGGUAAUAACUCUUUAGUGCGACGGAGGGAGAUCCCAGAGUGCAUCUUGCUUGUGACCCAAAGGAUUACAAAGUAUCCAGUGCUGCUGGAGAGGAUUCUUCACUAUACUCAAGAGGAAACAGAGGAGCACACAGACCUGUCAAAAGCUCUGGCUCAGAUUCGAGAGGUGAUAGCAGCUGUGGACCUGAGGGUCAGUGAAUACGAAAAGCACCAGAGGUUACAGGAAGUGGGGAACCGUAUGGAGAACCGUAGCACAGCCAAGCUCAAGAACGGCUACACUUUCCGUAAGCAGGACAUGAUGAGGCCGGGACAAACGCUCAAACACCAGGGCAUGCUCCUGUGGAAGACCGCCACCGGUCGACUUAAGGAUGUCCUAUCAAUCCUUCUCACGGACACACUUAUCUUCUUACAAGAAAAAGACCAGAAGUAUACAUUUGCCACUGUGGAUCAGAAGCCUCCAGUUAUUGCACUGCAGAAGUUAAUAGUUCGCGAAGUGGCGAAUGAAGAGAGGGGGAUGUUUUUGAUCAGUGCUUCAUCGGCCGGCCCAGAAAUGUACGAGGUCCACACUUCUUCCAAAGAGGAGCGAAACACCUGGAUGAGGCUCAUCAGAGAGGCUGUGGAAAGCUGUCCUGAGGAAGAGGAGGGAUACACAAGUGAAUCGGAAGAGGAGAGGCGAGUUGCUGAAGCUCGUUUCCAGAAGAUCCACAAGUUGCAAGAGAGUUUGACAAGCCAGGACCAGCAGAUCUGCUCUUGCCUUGAGGAGAAGCUGCAGAUCUAUGCAACACUCUCCGCCCAGAGUGGGAGGACGAGCGCCCCCCCAGCUGAACUGCACCUGCUGGUCCAGCCGCAGCUGGAAGAGCUGCCACAGGCGGCCGGGCUGCUGGCUGCAGCUCUGCAGGAGGCCGAGAACCUGAAAGCCACUUUGUCAUCCAAGUCCCACUCUCCAUCAAGUCACAGCCAGGACUCGGACACGGACUCUGUGUUUACCAUCGACCCGGCCGCACUUGCAGAAUCCCCCUCUGACCUUUCCGAGCCGUCGCCUGAACACCCAGAGGCUGGUGAGCGGGACUGGCCCGAGGGCGUCGCUCUCCAGUCUCCAGCUGACUUUCACAAAAGUGAUGUGAAUAACAUUGACUCUAAGGUUGCUGGCCGUGUCCAAACACUGACUCAGCUUCUGUACAGUUUGCAGGCUGCAGUGACCAUGCAGGACACCUGCUACGAGGUCCAGAAGCUGCUCCUGCAGGAGAGUUGGCGCCCCUCACCCCGCGCCCAGCGCCUGCACCUUUCCAGCCUCUGGGGCAACACCCUGCAGGAGCAGGAAAAGCAGCGCAACUUCGAGAAACAGAGGGAGGAAGUGGUGCUGGCUCAGCGGCUCCACUGCCGCCUGCGCCAGGAGAAAGAGCGUUGGGAGCGAGAGCGCCAGGCGAGGGAGAGCCUCCAGGGGGAGCAGGAGAGCCGACUGGAGGAGAGGGAGAGGCAGUGCCAGCUGGCCGCGGAGAAGCUGAGGCACGAGAGGGAAGAGCUGGAUGAACAACUGGAGGAGUACCAGCAAAGUCUGGAGCGACUCCGGGAGGGCCAGAGGAGUGUGGAGAAGGAGCGCGAGCGUCUGGAGGGUCAGCGGAAGCUUCUCCAGACCUGGAAGCACGAGCGGCAGACCAGCCUUCCCACCGUCAUACCUCACAUGCUCAUCAGUCUGGAUGGGCAGCAGGAAUCGCCACAGAGCCCAUCCAGAGAGCACGCUGGCAACGGCUCUGCGUUUGUGAAUGAGGCUGUGUUCGCCGGCGGCAGCAUUAAUAACCGCCACGUCCACAAAAGAAAUGGGCCCAGCACACACAAUUGUCUCAACACCCUGCUGGCCAGAUCCAACAGCAGACAGCCCCCCAUUGUUACGACCACUCACAGCCAACAAUCACCAGACUCCCAGGAAUGGAUGAUGGACACGAGAUACCUGUACAGCCCUGGAGGAAGGUUCGGGCUGCAGCACUCAACCAGUGAUCACAGCUACAACGGGGAGACCUGGACGUCAACAGCGAGCGGAGCUGACCAGUAUCCGGUGCUCCCGCAUCCCAGUGACCCUCAGCUGGACCUGAGAGCACUUGUUUCCUUGGAAACUGACAGUGAUGGGGAGGAGGGCAGGGAGGAAACAAUUGUGUACCUCUGAAAGUGGAAAAAUGACUUUUAAGCAUAAAAAAUAUUUAAUAUUGUUGAUAUUAAGUAUUUUCUUUUGUAUUGUGCAUUUUUUUUUGCUUUCAAUUUGAAGUUUAAUGGAACUACAGAGACUGAGAACCGAACUGGGUCUCAGAUGCUUCAUGCACCUUAGCUCAAGGCAUCAUUGGGAAUUCAGUGUCUCUAUCUUUUAUGUAUUUUUUUUUUUUUUUUUUUUUAAAUGCGUGUGUGGUCAUAUUUUGACAGUCCCAUUCCCUGCAGCCAUCCCCCGCCCCCAUCUGCCUUUUUUCUUUCCCUCCCUACAUCUCUCCGCUCCCAAGCAUUUCAUCCCUCGGGCUCUAAAUUUAUUAAAUUUGCUACUCAAAGAGAAAAGGCAUCAAUUGUGCAACAUAAAAGUGAAACUUCAGUCUGCUUCUCUCCAGCAGGUCGGCCUGAGCGAUGACUCGUGCAGGAGCGCCCAUGACCCGCCAUUCAAAGCAACCAAGAUGGCAUAGUUUCUCUCGCCCUGGUUGGACGCCUGUCCAAUGGCGACCAAAGGCAGUUUCUUCUGCGUCUGCUGGUAACGCCCUCUAGAGGAGCCAGCCUUUUUGCCCUUUGCCAUAAUUGUUGUUGAAAGUGAACAAAGAUUUUAAAUAGCAAAAACACAAGAAAACUGUCAUCACCCAUAUCAUUAGAAACACUAAGGUCAUUAUUUUACGGAUGCUCGGCUGGUCGAUCAGUCCACCGCUUCAGCUCAGAUAUUGUAAUAGCUGUUGGAGCGGAUACCUUAAUAAAGAUGUUUAUGAUCCCUGGUGAAUAAAUUACAAUCCCUGGUGGAAAGCUGUUGUACGGCAUGUCAUGAUAUUUGACAAUCAUUGUGGAAAGUGCUGUAAUCCUCCAACAUUUAUUUUUUAAACUUCAGUAAAACGUUUGCUUUGUGACCAGAUUCCUUGACAUUUCCAUCAAGGCACUUCGGCACUUGGUUUUUAGGGACACAGUCAUUUGCCAAUGCCGGCACAUCCGGGGCAUUUAUCCGUGCAUUUUGGCGUGCGUGGUGUGGUUUCAUUUGUCAUACAUACACAAAAAAUGCCUUAAAUGGUGGAAGUCGUCUGCAGUGUAUUGUUAGAAGUGCCCAGAACAAUGCAAAGUUGCCUUACUGACGCUGUUGUGCUGAACACGGAAUAUUCAUGUACUAUAUUUGCAUAUUAUCCCUCACAAGCUUUUUCUGUAAACAGAUAUGUGCCAGUGCUUGAGGUGUUUCUCCAUGUUUUGACGCACUAUGAUCGAUUUGUUUUAUCAACUGUUGUAGUUUCCUCUAAGGACAGUAAAGCAGUGACAGUAUUUUCAUGUGACCUUAGCACCAUGUACAGAAGGUAUUUUUGUGCAUUUAUUUAUUUAUUACAACAAAAUAGUGUGUUUUUGUGAAGAGCUGUAUUGUAAAUAAAUAUGUGCCUCUGUAAACGA